AGGCUCCGAUUGAAGGCGCGGUUACUUUCCCUUUUCCAAGAUGGCCACCGUAAGACAGGCCGACACCGCUUUGUGGCUACACAACAAACUUUCUAGCGAUGACCCCUGGUCAGGCUCGAGUCUACGGUCUCUCUUAACCCCUGACGUACUACGAAAUAUCCCAGAGUGCUUCCACAGACUCGAACCGCAGGUCAAAGUCAAACUUUUGAUGGCGUUUCUGCAUCUUCCUAGACGUGUGGUAGAAGAGACGAUCGCCGAGUUGAACGAGAUUUUGGAAAUUGGCGCGGCGGAUGAAGACGAAUGGGUGCGAGUGUUAUGUGAGGUGCUAAAGGAUUACCCCACAACAGGAAUGUUGAAUGUUCACCUGGAACACGCCUGCCCGGUCUUCGCUGAAGUCACUCAACAGCUUGAGAGCAUUCUUGCUGCAACAGACAACUCUUCUAAUCUGAUGCCGCUGGAAUGUCCAUAUCUUAAUAAAGGGGCCUUGCUUUCAGUAGUUGGGGAACAGCCAACACUUCCAAAGCAUUUUACCCUCCGAAGAAAACCCAAGUCUGCUGCCCUCAGGGCAGAACUUCUGCAAAAAGCGGCAACUGAGGCUCUGUCUUCUCAGAAAAAGGGUUCAACGUCUGGCAGCUCCUCUCACAAAUUGCAAUCUCCAUCCAAAAAAUAUGAGCCACCAUUAAGAAUAACAACUAGGACCAAUCCUUGUGCCAGUCAUGUCCGAACUACACCAUCUGGUGCGCCUCACUCAAGAAGCAUCAUAUCUGCUGCUACCCUUAAACAACAUGGUCGAACAAAGCUACUUGACAUCAAUGAGCAGCCUAUUGGUGGAGGCAGAGAACUAAAAAGAAGAAAGAAAACAACAGGAGAUGGAGAUACUGCAGAGGAACCAAAACAGAAGAAGGCGGCAGAGGCUGCAAAACCGGCAGAGCCUGCGACACCAGACUAUGCCGCUGGCCUACAGCAGCUCAACACAGAGACAAAGCCAAUACAAUCAACAGCUGUAUCUACAACAGCACCAGCCACGCCAUCUUAUGCCGUCAUGUCAGGGCAUGGGAUAGGCCCCGCCCCCUCUCAGUCUGACCAACUCAGUGAGAGUACACUGAAUCUCAAGAGAGAACUAGAGACGGCUGUUGAAAAACAACGCAAGCUAAUGAUGCGAGACAGGCAACAGAAGCAGGCAGUAGCGGCAGCUAUGGCGUCCCUCAGCAACGUCGCGGCUGCCCCGCCUUCAUCCAACCCCUCCAGCGGGCUAGCCACCCCCACCAUUAACCUGAACACCCUACCCACUGGCGCACGGCAACCCGUACCUGGAGGCGGAGUCCCAGGUCAGCUCCCACAGCAAUCACAGUCGCAGCAGCCACAGAUGAUGCCUCCGCAGCAGAAGAGAGAACUCACGUUAUCGCGUGAACAGAUGGUCGCCGCUCACGAAAUGUUCCGUAAUGCGAAUCGCGUCACUCGCGCGGAGAAGGCUCUAAUCCUUGGGUUCAUGGCGGGCGCGCGCGAUAAACCGUUCGCCCACGAAGGGCCCAUUAUUACCAUCAAACUGAGCGAGAACAACGAGACUGUCCCCACGGAGGACGGGUCACAGCAGACGCUACUCGUGGAGAUGCUUUUCGAGAUGAACUACGACACGGGGCACUGGAGACGACUAAAACGAACACGGGUGGUUUCCAAGCAAGCCGGCCAAUUGCAGGCAGCCACGUGACAGUCAGUAGCUUAUAGUAGCGCGCUACUACGUCACUUGCUACCACGUGAGAGUGACUAGCCAAUAGCAGGCUGGGGGUGUGCCAUCAUUUUUUUAGAUAUUAUUUCUAUUAUAGAAAAAAAUCGAAAAGUGUUCUUGAUGAAUGAAGACGAGUGUAACUCGAUAAAAUCCUGCGCGGCUAAGUGGAAACGCGCCUUCCAUUGCUUUCAGUAUAUAUUUGGACUUUAAAUGGAGCCUUAAAACAAACAUUCGUAUCUUAUCCAAAGAGGUACCCAAGCAACCGGGCCAAUUAGUGCCUGCCACGUCAUCACUUUCUUUGACUAACCUUACCAAUCAAAAGACGCCCGCACGUCAGAAACCAUGGCAAUUAUGAGGUAGAUAGAAAACCAUGUCAACAUUGAGGUAGAUAGAUAGUUUAUUUUAAAAAUAAAAUACGAUCAUUUGCGACUGAAA